AUGCCAACAAAAGCGCAAACGUUGCUCACUUCUAAGUACAGCUGGUACAAUAUCACUGCGAGCCCCAACAAGAAACUUCACUUUUGUAACACGAACAAUUUACCAAUAAGAAAUAGAUUGUCAUCUGCGUCUCUUACCCUACCAACGACACCUGUUGGCGAUAAGGUACAUUAUUCAAACUGUAUAAAGGAUAGUUUUACUAUGUGCGGUUGCCCAUCACCACCUAGCUGUGACUGCUGCGAUCUGCCACCACCAUGUAAUGAACCCCCGAAGUGCCUUCAGUGUAUGACCGGCUACUACCACUACCCAUACGGCUUCUGGUUUUGCGGACCUUACAACGUAUGUACGGGACCGGUGCCCUGUGAGGGACCGGUCAAGGCCGGCGGAUCCUGUGGGCCUGUCGCUGGUCCAGUACCCUGUUUCGGGACGUGCGGGCCGUGCAAGCCUUGCGCUCCGUGUGGACCAUGCGCGCCAUGUGGACCAUGCGUACCAUGUGGGCUGUGUGCUCUGUGCGACCCGCAUUUAUCAUACUCGCAGUAUGGACAGUAUGGACCCAAUGCGGCUUUUGGGCAGAGCGCUUCAUGCAACCAAUAUGGACCUCCGGUGCAGCAACCAUAUUGGGGCACACCUAACGAGUACUCACAUCCGACGUACACCUACGAUUCAAGCGGUACUCAAGCAUAUCACAGUUAUUCGGAUUCAACUGAAACGCAUGCUAAGUCACACCAAAAGUCAGAGUUAAAAACCGGAAUUUCUCCUAAGACUGGUUUUUCCACGUCAGCAACACUGUCGUCUAAAGCUCCAAAAGAAAGCUUAAGUUCUGACCCAAGCACAGCGACGCCAUCUGGAAAUGUCAACAUGGAUACAUCACUUGUCAAAACGUAUCCGUUCAACAAACCAACCUAUAAAAUUCCAAAGCCGAAAGGAUCGGAAUCACGUUCUUUCAGUAGUGACAAUAGUCCUCUCAAAAAUGAAUCAAUCGAAUAA